ACGCGACGUCAUUUCCACCUGCGCCAUUACCCGCCGUUCCCUUUGUUAGGACGGUAGAAAAGCGUCGGCCACGCAUCUCCCGCACACGCCGUUUGAAUUCUCCGCAGAAGCCCCGCAAAACCGCGAGCGACAUGGACGCCAACAACAGCAACAACAAGCGCAAGAACAGCGUCGGGGACAGUAAAUAUCUCCCGGAGUUACUGGCGGAAAAAGACAGCCUGGACUCCUCAUUCACGCACGCCAUGAAGCUCCUGUCUGCAGAGAUCGAAAGGGUUCAGAAAGGCGAGCCUAAAAAGGAGUCCGAGACGUAUUUGGACCUGUUCACCACCAAGAACGUGAGGGUGAAAGAGAGGGUGCUCAUUCCUGUAAAGCAAUACCCUCGGUUCAAUUUUGUGGGGAAGAUCCUGGGGCCGCAGGGCAGCACCAUCAAACGUCUGCAGGAGGACACCGGCGCAAAGAUCUCGGUGCUGGGCAAAGGAUCCAUGAGAGAUAAGAACAAGGAAGAGGAACUGAGGAAGGGUGGAGAUCCGAAGUACGCGCACUUGGCCAUGGAGCUUCACGUGCACAUCGAGGUUUUUGCUCCGAUUCCCGACUGUUAUCUGCGUAUGGCUCACGCCAUGGACGAGGUCAAGAAGUUCCUAAUGCCUGUGGAAGGGCUUGAGGAGAUGCACCCGGAGGCGUUCAUGGAUCCAGGGUUUCUGAACGGCUCUCAGGAUAUCCAUGGUCCCGGCAGAGGUCUCCCUCCUGGACGGGGCCGCGGCGGUCCACCACCCCCGAUGGGACCUAGGGGUCGUGGCAUGCCGCCUCGUGGAGGACCGCGUGGAGGAGCGCCGAGAGGAGGACCGGGCCGUGGAGCUGCUGCGAGGGGGGGGCCUGCGGGAAGAGGUGGUCCUCCACCCCAAACGGCAGCCAGAGGAGGCGCCGCCGCUCGCUCAAGACCGCCGACCCAGACUCAGAGGAUGACACCGGCAGCCGCUCUCUCCCACCCACAGCACCCAGCAAAACCUGAAGCAUACGGCGAAUAUGCAUAUGAAGAGCCAUAUGAGGAGCCUUCCUACGAAGGCUAUGAGGGCUAUUACAGUCAGCCUGCUCCACAGCCAGACACAGAGUAUUAUGAUUAUGGUCAUGGAGAGGCCCAGGAAACUUACGAGUCUUACACUGAAGAUGACUGGGAGGGUGGAGCUUGGGGCGGCGCCGGUGGAAAGGCUCCACCUGGUCGACAGGGCAAAGCCUAUCGGGAACAUCCAUACAGAUACUGAGAGCUGUCCGUCACUACGGUUGCCUGGCAACUACCUCCCCUCGUAACCUCUUGUAACCACCUAAAGUAAUUCUAGUUGUUAUUUUUGUAUUCUGUUUUGGUUAAGACUCCUUUUUAAUAUUCUAAAUCUACUCUUUAAGUAGUACGAUGACCAUAAGUUGGACGUGACGCAUUUUUAGAUUUGCAAUUUAAAUGCUGUGUUUUGUUUUUUCUUUUGUCGUUUUGCUGCUUUUGUUCAUUUGUUUUAAUGCAUAAGUGUUUUUUCUCUGGAAAAAAAAGUUGAUACCUGAAUGCUAGAUAAUUAGCCGAUGGCCAUGUGUAAAAUGACUUGCUAAAAAAAAAAAAAAAAAAAACGACAAAAAGACAAAUGCUUGUUAAUGUCACUUAGACUUAUUCCAAACGCGCUUUUGUAAGGCAUAGCAAAAACUCUCCCGAGGAAUGCACAAAAAAAAUAUUAGUUCCUGUACAAACUCAACAUGUUACUUUUAUUUUUCAAAGAACAGAUUUGGUCUGAGGCUGUUUAUUGUAUGUCUCGUAAAAACAAAACAAAAAAAUCAAACUUCGCAUCUGUUGAUUUUCGAAUUUUGUUAAAUGAGCGAAACGAAUCUCAAUGUAGUUUACCUUUAGUCUGACAAAAGUACAAAUCUCAAAUCUUUGUACGUGCAAUACUCAAAUAUUAGAGACUUGUUUUUUGGUGUUUUAUAGAUUUGCAGUUUUCAAAACAUUAGCAAAGUUGUGCAUUUCUUAACUAGGGAACUAAAUAUGUCCAAAAUGUGUCCCUAUCGGUUUGUCAAUAAAGCAUAGUUUUCUUUUACAGCCUUCAAAA